GGCGCGGUUCUGAUUGGGCGAGCCGAGCGUCGCCGCUUCGGCGUCAACUCCGGGGCGGGGGCGGUGCUGGGCGGCGCAUGCGCGAGACCGCUUGGUGGGGCCCCUGUUCCAGCCAUGGAGGAGCUACAUAAAGAUUUAGAUGAGGUGAAAGAGCUUUUGAAAAAAGCAUCAAGAAAGAGGGUUCAUGAUGUGUUGCUGUCAGAAAAGAAUAAGAUAGAAAGAGAAAUCAAGAACCAGUUACCAAUCAAAAUAAAAGCAGAAACAUCUGAAGAAGAAAGACCACCUCCAACAGGAUACACAGUGAAAAUCAACAAUUAUGCUUGGGAUCAGUCAGAUAAGUUUUUGAAAAUCUACAUCACUUUAAGUGGAGUUCAGCAUCUGCCAGCUGAGAAUGUGAAGGUGCACUUCACAGAAAGAUCAUUUGAUCUGCUGGUGAAGAAUCUGAAUAACAAGAACUACACUAUGACAUUCAACAAUCUUCUGAAACCCAUCUCUGUGGAAAGCAGCUCGUGGAAGAUCAAAACAGAUAUGAUAUUGAUAUUAUGUAGGAAAAAGCAAGAGGAAAAAUGGGAGUGCCUAACAAAAGUUGAAAAAGAGACGAAGGAGAAGGAGAAAGCUGCUUAUGACACCUCGGACCCGAGUGAAGGGUUGAUGAAUCUCCUGAAAAAGAUGUAUGCUGAAGGCGAUGAUGAAAUGAAGAGGUCAAUUAACAAAGCCUGGGUUGAGAGCCGAGAAAAGCAAGUCAAAGAUGAUUUACCAAUAGAUAUUUGAACAAAUACCCAUCUUAAAUGUACAUCUUUUGUAUGGGGCUUCUGCUGAGAUCAGAGAAAGUGUGCUGUUUACAUAAUCUUCUGCGUAAAAACAAGUUUUACAUUUCAGGUUGGAGAUGGGAAAUAAAGCAUGCAGAAAAGCUUUUCCUUCAAAUGUGUUGCCCUUUUCCCAUAAAGCUUUAAGUGCUUUUUGUGAAAUUGAUAAAAAUAAGUAAGCUA